CUUCACGGUGUUGUGUUAACAAACAUAAACCCACUCGUCUGCCGGGACGUAACGAGAUAGUGACUAGUGCCCAUCUGUCCGGAAACGGGGACUAUCAUUCUUGUCCACUUUCGAUGGCAGGCACGCAAGUAUAGCCUGUAACGCAGCAUGUGUCGUUGUUGGCGUAAAUCUAGCGGAAUAAUUACAGACAGACUACGCGUGGUAUAGAGUGCGAGACCACAGUUCGCUUCUUGUCAGCACACCGAGUGAGCGUGGGCUUGUGCUGUAUACUUGUCAGAUGCCAAUCCACACAGAACGCGACGAAGAAGGAAACAUGCAAGUCCAUUUCGAUGUGACGCGACGAUAAGGAGAGGACGAAUAAUACACCGACGUUAUUGACCAUGCUGUCAGCCCUCAAAAAGCUUUCAGUGCGUUCUAGAAAAAACGCGUACACUGCUGAAAGAGCGAAAGAGAAGGGUCGCAUAUUUCAAGCACGGAGAGGUUGGCCACUGCCCUCGCUGCCGUUAGAUAUCAUCAGAGAUCAAACUCCACUGAAUGAAGACGCAAUACGUGCCGAGUACGACCUAAUAUCUCACAUUUACGAGGAAGUGGGAGAAUUAAAAUAUCAUCCAAACUUGCGCAAUAAAAAUCACACCACUCUAAAUGGAGAGCAAUCAGGUAGCAUCGUUACUGCCGAGUUAUGUACAAAUAGUAAACAGGGGCGAGCGCAGUGUCCGGAAGAUACAUACACCUUCCAGUGUAAAUCGCCAUCUAGCGGAAGGAACGGGACGCCUCAGGUGAACGUAUCCCUUCCCAAUUUCGACGGACACGGGGAUGAUGAUUACGAACUUCAAUUAUACCACGUAGAACACAACCUUCUACUGGGCAAAGACGUAAUGCAGAUCUCAAGUGAAAUGCGAAGUGAAGAUGAUUGCAGUCGUGAUUCAAUCUACAACACCAUCUCGGAAGGGCAUUACUCUACCUGCUCCUUUGAGGAGAGCGGAUCGUGCAAUUCUAGUGCCAUCCGCAGCACGCUGAACCAGACCGUGGAAUCAGUCGACGACCGACUCUCCUGUAUAAGCUCGGAUUAUUCUUCUGAUGAUACGUCGAGUUUGCACAGCUGCGGCCGCGCGACAAUCUCGGAAGAUUUGCGUGACAUGCUCACGUCUGUGUAUACGCAGGGGCAAUGCGUCACUCAGCGGCAACGAGCGAAGACAAGCACUCAGCACAAUAAUGUCAAUGACUGUAAUAAACUAUCCUGUCGUGCAACGGAUAUCAUUUACGAGAGAGGCGAGAAGAAUUCAUCAGUGCGAUGUGCGUCAUUGCUGCAGGUACACGUCAACAAGCCGUCUAGACGUUUCAGCGCGUUCGACCACGGCACUAACAAGGUGCUCGACGACGUAUUGCGGGAAAACUAUAAUAACAAGGCUCUGUGGCUGUGUUGAAGCCUAUUUUAUUGCACGUUUCCCGUAUGAAGAGUGCCACUUUUAAUUUUCUUGGAAUUAUAUAUAAAUCCCGUAUAGCCCGCGACGAAUUAAAUACUACAAAUAACGGCGAUAUGGUGUAACCUGAGGUCGCUAUCGAGCUGAGGCUUCUGAAUCGUAACCACUGAAAUUAUUAUGAACUGCUGGAAUACAAUAUCACUUGUGUAAAGGACAAACAAUAAUCCAGCAGGCAAUGCCACAUAUAUUGGAGUGUAUAUUAAAUGAUGAAGACCUGGGCGCGCGCGUGUGCAUUGCGAGCGCGAGUGCGGGCACGCGUGAUUAUAUGAAUAUGAACCCCCAAUUUAACGUUGUAAUUAAUGUAAAUAAUUACUGCCGUACCAUAAAAUAAUACGUUUUUGUACAUAUAGUGACUUGUUUAAUAUGCAGCAAUAGACUAUAAUAAUCAUACACAAGUAGAUACGUAGGGCCUAAUGAAAAAUGAAUAUGUAUUAUUCGUUAUUUUUAAGGUAAUAAUUCCUUUACAUAUUUAUUUCUAAACAAUAAAUUUUGAUGUUAAUCCAUCAGACACUAUUGAUUUCGUAAAAAAUUAAUUGAAUAAAAAUGCAAUUAAAA